GUUUGGUUUCCGCGCCACGCCGAGUCAACAUGGAAACAACAAGCAGCGACAGUAAGGUAGACGAACGGCUGAUAGAUGAGGAGAUGGAAGAGGACCGGUCAAUGUUAAGAUCCGACAGUGGAAGUGGAGAUGAUUCCUUGGAUGGCCUCUCAAACCGUGUCACCCGCUGCCCUUUGACCCCGUCUUUAUCUCCACGGAAACGGACCACGAGCCAGUCGAAGACGGAACCUCCGCUGCUGAGGACCAACAAGCGGACCAUCUACAUCGCUGGCAGACCGCCGUGGUACAACGUCACCGGGACCACCUUCAAAGAGGCCUUUGUCAUAGGUCUGUGUGGAGGAAGUGCUUCUGGUAAAACCACAGUAGCCAAUAAGAUCAUUGAAGCUCUGGACGUUCCCUGGGUGGUUCUGCUCUCGAUGGACUCCUUCUACAAGGUGUUAAACAAAGAGGAGCAGGAGUUGGCAGCUAAAAACGAGUAUAACUUUGACCACCCCGAUGCCUUCGACUUCGAGCUGCUGGUCACCGUCCUCAGGAAGCUGAAGAAAGGGAAAAGCAUCAAAGUGCCGGUGUACGACUUCACCUCUCACAGCAGACGCAAAGAAUGGAAAACAGUGUAUGGGGCCAAUGUCGUCAUCUUUGAGGGAAUCCUGGCCUUCGCCAACAAGGAGCUUCUGAAGCUUCUGGACAUGAAGGUGUUUGUGGACACGGACUCUGACAUCCGCCUGAUACGGAGGCUGAAGAGGGACAUUUCACAGCGUGGGCGGGACAUCAGCGGCAUUAUCAAGCAAUACAAUAAGUUUGUAAAGCCAGCGUUCGAACAGUACAUCGAGCCCACAGUGCAGGUGGCUGACAUUGUGGUGCCCAGAGGGGGAGAGAACUUUGUUGCGCUGGAUUUGAUUGUUCAGCACGUUCACAGUCAGCUGGAGAAGAGGAAGCUCCGCUGGGAUAUGUCAGCUCUGGCCUCGGCUCAUCAGGGUCAACCGUUACCCAAAACCCUCAGCGUGAUGGAGAGCACACCGCAGGUCCGCGGCAUGCACACCAUCAUCAGGAACAAGGAGACUAACCGAGACGAGUUUAUCUUCUACUCUAAGAGAUUAAUGAGGCUCCUGAUCGAACAUGCUCUCUCCUUCCUCCCUCUCAAGCCUGUAUCCGUGGAGACGCCUCAGGGCGGCGUCUAUGAAGGCAAGAGGCUGAGCGGGAAACGAAUCACAGGUGUGUCGAUCCUGAGAGCAGGAGAGACCAUGGAGCAGGCUCUGAUGGCCGUGUGUAAAGACAUCAGACUGGGAAAGAUCCUCAUCCAGACCAACCACGACACCGGAGAACCAGAGCUUCAUUACCUUCGGUUGCCCAAAGACAUCAGUGAGGACUACGUCAUCCUGAUGGACAGCACCGUCUCCACCGGAGCUGCUGCUCUCAUGGCUGUCAGAGUGCUGCUGGACCAUGACGUAGCGGAGGAUAAGAUCUUCCUGUUGUCGCUGCUCAUGGCAGAGAUGGGCGUGCACUCAGUAGCCUAUGCGUUCCCUAAAGUCCGCAUCAUCACAACAGCGGUGGACAAGGAGGUCAACGACCAGUUCCACAUCAUACCAGGCAUCGGUAAUUUUGGAGAUCGUUACUUUGGCACCGAUGCUCCGUCAGACUGGUGCGAAAGCGAUGAAGGGAUGGACUUCUGAAGAGAGGAGCGAUCGGGGACACGGAGGGUCGUUAGAAAAAGCACUUAUCUGGUAACCCUCCUUCAUCCCUCACUGCUCUGGAUCCGCCCGACGCCCGCCUGACCGCUGUGGUGAUGCUGUAUGAACUGCUUCCUGUUCAGAGAGUUCAGUGUCAGGUCAGUGAGGGGCCUUAGUGAAGAAUUCCAUUUGUGCCGCUCUGCAUUCAUGUUUACAGCUAAAGUUUCAAGGGGUCAAAGUUCAAAGUGUUACCUCAUUUGCAGGAUGCUGGAUAUUUAUUGGCUUUUAUCGCUAUCUGUUCACACACACACACACACACUGAUCUCUGAUCAGCUUUCAGAGUUGUAAUUAAUUCCACUGCAGGCUCAGAAGUCUGAUGAAAAAUGUCUGAUUAUAAUGUUAAUGAUGUUGUCAGUAAUGUGUUUUUGUUGCUAAAGCUGCAGCUGUGAAGCUUCGGAGUCAAUGUCGACACGUUUGAAUGAGCGUACCGAAGCCUUAAAAUCUUUUUCUUCUUUAUCCUUCCUAAGCCAGAUGUUGUAAAUAUAUCAGUGUUGGAAAAAACUCAGCUGGGAAGAAUUAACUAGAGCAAUGCUCAGUUUUUAUCAAUAGGUUUAACAGCAAAACGAUGUACUUCAAAGUUUUCAAUGGAUCAAUCUGCUACAUGUCCAAUCACUAAUGAUCUAAUUUUGCACAAAGACAUGACCUCACUUUUCUUUUAAGACGAGUCUCUAUCAUAAAGCUUGAUGUGAGGACUGCUGUUCUAAAGGACAUUUACAGAGUUUAAUGUAAUAUAUCGUCUCUAAUAAAUAGUGUAGUAAAGUUUUCUUUUCUUUUGCUCAGCUUAAAGCUUUUGGUAAGAAUUAUCAGUGUGUUACGGCUGACGUGGCUGCUGCUGCUGCUGCUGCUGCUGCUGCUGCUGCUGCUGCCGCCG